AUGGAAGCUGCCCCUGAAUACUCGCUUUUUCUCGUCCGGAUCUUGGAAGAACUGGAUACGAAUCACAGCACGGUUUCCUAUCAGGAUCUGUGCAAAUUGCUUUGUGCUCGUUUUGAUUUAACUCAUUUGGCAAAGCUGAGGAGCCUAUUGUUUUACACCGCCUGCUUGGACCCGAAUUUCCCAGCCACUCUUUUCAAAGAAAAAUUACGGUGCAAUGUGGAUAGCCCCCAGUCCAAAAAGAUCAUGAUAGCCGCCGAUAUCGUCACCAUGUUUAAUCUGAUUCAGAUGAACGGGGGUGUCGCGAAGGAAAAACUGCCUCACCGACACCAACACAAGGUGAGAAAGAACGAGUCUUUUGAUGGCUGUCGAUCAGAUACAGAAAUCUGUCAGGUUCGGUCCCCUGUAUCCAGCCAUGACUCCAUAGACAGAGAUGUUUGCAGUGAACACUCGGCAGCAGGAGACUCGAAUACAUGUCCCACAGCUGACAUUAAGGACUGCCAACGUCUCAUUUGCACUUCAGAUCCCAAUUUUUUCCUUGGAAUCAGGAAUGAAGGGAUAGAGGAGAAUAAGGGCAGGGCAGCCUCACUUGAUAGACUCCAAGCAUCGCCAACUUUUAACAGUAUAGACCCUCAGGCGUGUGUCAUGCAGACCACGUACUUCCCCAUGGACCCCAGCCAGGAUUCAAACUCAGAUCAAGACUCCCCGAGCAGGAAAACAGACAGGAAUGGGACAUUUGAUUCCAGUGAUGAAGCAUUCACCAUCUCUCCCUGUGUACAUGGCAGACCUGUGUUCAAUGGAGAGCUACAGGACGUGCUUCCUUGCAUUGCCAAGUUCGUGCCAAUGGACAAGGAGUCUGAGGAUGAAGACAAUGGCUCCCACGUUCGGAAAAAUGGGUCACGUUUCUCCACCUUUUUCAGUAACAGUUUCGAGAUGCCUUACAACAGUCCGUACUGUGACUCAAUGCCAUUCACAAGUCAAGAGAAACGAUACGUCAAACAUGAAAGUUUGGAUGACCUACAAGGUAGCACCUAUUUUGGUCCCAGCACAAUAUCACAAGAGCCCCGAAAACUUUCCUCUAAACCAAACAAGCCGACCUCCUGGCUCCUAAAGAGCUGGAGUCUGAACAAUGAGACUGCUCAGGACUGUGAGCAGUAUUUUGCUGGAGAGAAGCCCAACACUCACAGGUAUCAGAGCAAUGUCAAGGAGGAGUUGCUAGCCGAGGCUCGCCAGAGACAGGCUGCGGCAGCUGCGGAUGCGAUCAGCACCGUGGACAGGGCACAGGCUUACUUCAAACAGGCGGCUGCCGGCGGCGAGGAGGCACUGGGGUCAGUGGGCAAACCAUUCAACUCAAAACUGGCCACGACCGGCCACUGUAACCAGAGGAAUGUGAAAGAUAAAAGUGUGAACUGCACAUCGCAGGUGCAGAGCUUUGAGAAGACAACAAGUGUGGGCACCCAGACUGAACAGUCUGUCCGGGGCAAGGGUAAGGAUGGUAGCCAUGGGCAUCAGCCCAAGUAUGGGGAGAAAGUGCCCCUGAAACAUUCAGACGAGGACUCUGAGGCUCUUAGUGAUGAUAUCAGUGAUAUAUUUAGGUUCCUGGAUGAUAUGAGUGUGAAUGGCUCCACUGGACUUUUGCAGUCCUGUUACAACAGCAGUGGUUCCCUGACCCGUCUGCCCAAAUCAGACAGUGGCAGCCUGGAGCGGACCCCAGUGAAAGCCAAUGCCCUCCAGAAGGAUCAGGGCAAAGGGCUUCUCUCCAAACAGCCCGGGGAUGAGGAACUCAAGAUGAGCGUCUGCAAACUGGUGCUAAGGAUCGGCGAGAUUGAGAAAAAAUUGGAAAGCCUGUCUGGGGUUCGGGAUGAGAUCUCCCAAGUCCUGUCCAAACUCAAUAAAUUGGACCAGAAGAUCCAAGAGCCAGCCGGGGAAAAGUUGUCCCCUGCCAGCAACCAGGAGAGUCUCCGAGUCAAAGCCCUGAGAAAGAAUUUGUUCGUCAGAAGAUCUUCCAAAUCCCUAACAGAGGAAAACAGUGCCACUGAGUCCAAGAUUGCCAGCAUUUCCAACUCUCCUCGGGACUGGAGGGUUGUGGGCAACAGCAGUGAGCCUGGCAUCACCCUGGAGGAGGGCAAGCAGCAAGUGGUAACAGACAACAAGGAUUGGCAGCGCAAGACCAGAGAGGUAGAUCGACGAUACGUCAUUUCACAGUCACACAGACCAUCAAAGCCGGGGAAAGAUUCUCUUCUGAUCGAACAAGUCUUUAGUCCCCAUGUUUAUCCCAAUUCCAUGAAGUCCCAUAUGAAGAGUAAUCCGCUGUACACAGACCUCCGACUGACUGAGGUUUUGGAGCAAAAACGACCCCAGCCAUCAUGGACCAUUGAGGAAUACAAUAGGAAUGCUAGUGAGAAGGACAAAUCAGCAGUUUUGGAUAUUCAGAAUCAAGAAUCGUUAAAUCCAAAUAACUUAGAAUACUGGAUGGAGGAUAUUUACACUCCGGGAUAUGACUCUUUACUGAAACGAAAGGAGGCUGAAUUCAGGAGAGCAAAGAUCUGUAAGAUGGCUGCCUUAAUUGCAGCAGCAGUGUGCACUGUGGUUUUGGUUAUUGUAGUGCCAAUUUGCACUAUGAAAUCUUAA